CAAAUUAAGUCACGUUUUUAAUUAUCUCUGGUAAUUAGUUUUAUUCACUAUUCUGUUUGUGUUUAUUAUCUCUUUUUCUCAACAAUCCUGUUAAUCCAAUUGACACUUGAAAUGUUGUUAUCGUCACUGACACUGAUUAUUUGGAGAAGAUGAAGAAAACAAAAAUCUCCUUUUAGUGAACAAACAAAAACAAAAUGUCUUGACAACAUUUUCUUAUUCAACAUAAUACAAAUGACCAAAUAAUUUUCUUCUUGUAUGUAAACAUUUUUGUUUACAUAUUAUUAGAAAAUAGCAGAUUAUUGUUUCAUGGUUAAUCUAAUUAGUUAAAGGCUUUCAAAACGUUCAAAUUGGCUCAUCAUCGUAACUCAACUUGUUCCAUCAUCAUCUCUGUAGGCUAUGUUUCUAAUUGUAAGCAACUAUUUUCAUCUGUUCCUGUCACCAUCACCAUCGUCAUCAUCUUCUAUAACUAUGGAUAACCAAAGCUCCAUUAUCAUCUUCAUCUUCAUCUUCAUCUUCACCUUAUUUUCCUUCCAAAUGACUUUAAGUGAUUAACAGAAAAACUUUAACUGUUUGAUUUACCAUUGACCAGAACAAUUUAAUUAAAUCAUCUAAUUCUCAAUAUGUUCUCAUCAAUUGAUCAUCACAAUUAUCAUCAUCAUCACUAGUCUAACGGUAAACAUAAACCAACAAACAGAUUUGGAUUAAGUUAAUUGAAACAAUUUAUCAUCUAAUCAAUUCCAUCACAUCUUAAAUCAUUUCUUCAUCAAUUAUAAUUGAUAAUCAAAGUAAAUCAAUUCAACAAUUAUGAUCAACUCGUUUCCUAAUUUAACCAAAUUCAUUGGACUUUAUCUUGCAACCGUAGUUCUGACAGCGAAUGGGAAACAAAAAGGAAUCAUUGGUAGUAUUUGCAAUCUAUUGUUAUUAUUUAUGUUCUAUCGAUUUCGAUCACGAACUUCGGACACAGCGAUUCUAUUGGCAAAUCUUGCCCUCUCCGAUCUUGGAAUAGUAUCAUUUGGUAAUCCCUUCUCAUCUUCCUCUAAUCUUGCUGGAAGAUGGCUUUAUGGUGAUGAUGGAUGUCAAUGGUAUGCCUUUUUUGGAUUCUUCUUUGGAUCUGCUCACAUUGGAACCUUAACAUUUCUUGCUCUUGAUCGUUAUAACAAAAUUUGCAGGAUAACCAUUAGUAAUCCAAGAGUUGAAACAUCGCCUUAUAAUAUUAUCGCUGUUAUAUUAUCGAUCUGGUUAUAUGCAUUAUUUUGGGCGCUAAUGCCGAUGAUCGGAUGGGCCAGUUAUGGCCUAGAACCGUUAAUUACAAGUUGUACAAUCGACUGGCGACAAAAUGAUGAUUCAUAUAAAUCUUUUAUCAUAGUUUAUGCCAUUUUCGGCUAUUUUCUGCCUUUUACAAUAAUCUUUUUCUCUUAUCGGUCAGUUCGUCGAUGGAUUAACUCAAGAGAUCCUCAGGUUCGUUGGACUAAUUGUUUAGGAGAUUAUUGGACCAAUCAAAAGAAUAUAACAUUCAUGACAAUUGUAAUUAACAUCGCUUUCCUAUUAGCCUGGACUCCAUAUGCAUUAUUAUGUCUCUAUGUUGUUUUCGGUGAUCCCGCCGAUGUACCCGUUUGGUUCAGUCUACUUCCACCGCUUAUGGCUAAAACAUCAACCAUCUUUAAUCCGUUAAUCUAUUUCCUAACUAAUCCAAGGAUUCGUUCAGCCAUUUGGAUAACUUUAAAAUGUUCAGAUAUCAAUCAACUCGAUGAAGAGAUUGAAAAUAAUCAUACAAAUCGUGAUAAUUCAGGUGAAACCUCAACGUCCUGCGAUAAAUCAAGAAAUGAAAAUCUAAUCCCUUUAAACGCAUGAAUUUUAUUUCCAUUGAAACAAUUUUAUUCAUUAACAAAGUCAUUUAAUUACACAAAAUGUAUAAGAUAAUCAUGAUUUAAUAUUAACUCGUAAUGAUUUACAAAAUAAAAGUCAAUAAGAAAACCUCUUAAUCCUUUAA